UCAUGCUCUCUUUCUCCUUCAAAAAUAAAUAAACAUUAAAAAAAUUUUAAAGAUGGUAUUAUAAAGGUAAUGACUGGCUGAUGUCCCAGUUGGCUAGGCACUAAAUAUUUCUUUUCACUCCUUCUCUAGGAGACACAUCAGACACAUGGAAGCAGGAAACCAUACCAGAGUAUCAGAAUUCUUCCUCCGGGGCCUCUCAGAUGACCCAGAACUGCAGCCCCUCCUCUUUGGCUUGUUUCUGUUCAUGUACCUAGUCACUGUGCUAGGAAACCUGCUCAUCAUCCUGGCCAUCCUCUCUGACUCCAACCUCCACACCCCCAUGUACUUCUUCCUCUCUAACCUGUCCUCUGUUGACAUCUGUUUCAUUUCCACCACUGUCCCGAAGAUGCUGGUAAACAUCCAGGCACAGAGCAAAGACAUCUCCUACCCUGGAUGCCUCACUCAGCUGUAUUUUUUUAUGAUUUUUGCUGGAAUGGAUGGUUUCCUCUUGACCGUGAUGGCCUAUGACCGGUUUGUGGCCAUCUGCCACCCCUUGCACUACACAGUCAUCAUGAACCCACGACUCUGUGGCCUGCUGGUUCUGGUGUGUUGGCUCAUCAUUUUCUGGGUCUCCCUGAUUCAUGUCCUACUGGUGAGGCGGCUGACCUUCUGUACAGGUACGGAAAUUCCACAUUUCUUCUGUGAAGUGGUUCAGAUUCUCCAGGUAGCCUGCUCUGACACUCGUAUCAAUAAUAUCUUCUUGUAUGUGUCGACUGCCAUACUGGGUGUGUUUCCUCUGACUGGGAUCUUCUUUUCCUACUUUCUGAUUGUCUCCUCUUUAAUGAGAAUGUCCUCUGCAGCAGGAAAAUAUAAAGCAUUUUCAACCUGUGGCUCACAUCUCUCUGUGGUCUCCUUGUACUAUGGGGCAAGCUUGGGGCUCUAUCUCAGUCCUGCUGGGAUCCAUUCUUCCCAGAGAAUCCCAAUUGCCUCAGUGAUGUACACUGUGGUCACUCCCAUGCUGAACCCCUUCAUCUACAGCCUCAGGAACAAGGAUGUGAAGGGGGCCCUGAGAAGACUCCAUAGUCAUGGAGCCCUUUGUCCAUGAUGGGCCAUUGGCCUCAGAACCAAGUAGACAUUGUGAGCUCCAAAAGGCAAAUAAUUGUGCAUAUAAAUCUCUUGGUUUUCUUCCUCCCCUAAAAGACAUGCCUCACUUCUUCUAUUCUCAAAGUCCCCAUGACUUUGCCUUCAUUUGGUUUUGGUUUUGUAUUAGUUUCUCCUCAAUAAUCUCUUCAGUAAUUCCUUUUUUCGUUUGUCUUCCCUGCUUGCAGCCCAUAACAUUCUAUCUUUGGUUAGCUUUCCUACAGUCAUUCCUGAGAUUUUUAAUACUUGAUGUGAAGCACUUAUAGCAAGUGCCUGCAUGGUUUCCUCCCAAAACUGUCUUCUCAAAUGCUGACAUCCUUCACAUUAAUUUGGUAAGUUUGUUUCUCCCUGGAGGAAACAGAAUGGAAACCAUACAAUAGUCAUAACCAAAGUGCUUGCCAUAUCAAGACUGUGCUUGUUGAUCUACAUCUGUAAAUUUAUGUAUUUGACAUUUACUUAAGAUAUUUUCCCUCUUUUUCAAAAAGAUUGAGAUUGGGAUGGAUCCCAACAUGGAAACCUGAAUAUGAUCCCAUGCUCCUAAGUUUGCUAUCUUAGUGUUCCUGAAAACACUGAUGUGGAUUUUCAACUUUAAGAGUAGGGAUCUUGAUUUGAAACCUCAUUUGUUCAGGUUUGUAGGUAACAUAUUGCAUAGGAUAUCACUGAGAUAUUGCCUCAUAUUUGUCUUUCUUCUGUCUUCUUUCCUUCCUUUCUUCUUGUUCUCUGCCCAUUUCAUGUUCUAUUGGACCUUUAUUUCCCCAUUAUUGUGGUUUUAAGAUAUGCCCCCAAGAUUCUAAAACAUGUAAUAAUGAUUACAAUAGACUAAGACUAUUUUGGGGGGAGAGUAUUCAUAGUAGGUAUUAUCAGGAGUUGUAGUUACACACUUGUGAAUUGUAUUCAGAACUCACUUCACUUGUUAAAAAGAAUUUUGAUAGAAAUGAGUCUGCAGUGAAGAAUGGAGUAGUAGAAGAUAUCAGCAUUUCUCCUUCAUUCCCGGGAUCCUUUGACUUUCUCCACCACAUAACAAUGUUAUGACUGCCGAUGUUCAGCAACAGGUACAUGGGGGUAGAAGUAACAGGGAAGUAUGCCCCAGCAUGGACAGAUCUUGAUGGAGAGGUGUGAGGUAUACCAUCUUCUUUACUCCUUAGCUGUGAUAAUUCUCAUAUUUCCAUUUUGUGCCAAUUUCCAGUAUUUUCCCACAGGAUGAAAACUCUGCUCACUUGUUGUGGGAGCUGACUUACGGUAUGCUUUAUUGGAUAUAUUUUGUUCCCUGUAUCACUUCUCCUGUCUCUAACCCAUGUCCUUGUUCCUUACUUCUCCCAGUAAAGCACUUGCACAUGAAUCAUUGGCUCAGUGUCUGUUUCUGAGGAUCCCUAAUGAAGUCAGGUGGUAAAGACUGUGAAGGGAAUUAAAACAAUAUCAUAGUUGGAAUUUUUGGUUUUGGGACAAAACCAAACUGAACAAAAAACAAGUAUUGGAGAUAUAUCUAUAUCUAUAUCUAUAUCGAUAUAGAUAUAUAUACAUACACAUAUAGUUAGAUCUUGAAAUUACUGAAAAAAAUAAUAAUUUUUCAAUAAUAUUGGGGUGGCUUCAAUUCACUUUGAUUCCAUUAAGUUUCUAGCAGUGUGUAAUUAUUGUCUAAUUUGUAAUUUGUCCCUACAAAUUGAGGAGGGGACCAAAGAGGUAAACAUGAUUGUAAUAUGGAGUGGUGAGCAUAAUAAUGUUGGUGUAUAAAAGAACCUAUUGAAAAGAAAGGUAAAAAGUUUUCAAGUCAUCUUGAGUAAUUCCAGAGAAAAUAUUUAAAAAUUUAUUUCAUGAGGGGUGCCUGGGUGGCUCAGUAGGUUAAGCGUCCAACUUUGGCAAAAGUCAUG